UUUCAGACAUAUCUUAAUCAUCUUAUCAGUAGAGUACAUCACAUCAUUAAGAUGGGUUCCUCAUCUUCAACCCAAUCUUCCAUGAAUAACUUUGUGGGAAUGGGAAGAUUGAGGGAGGAUAUGAAGAUUUAUCAACUUGUAGAUAUGCAUGGCGGUGGGGAACUUCUUCCAUGGCUCAGAUAUGCCAUUAUAAGUAGUGAUACUUCAUUUAUCGACGCUUAUUUGGAAACAAAAGUCAAAGAUUUCUUGUAUAAUGGUGGAAAAGGAAAGCUCGUGACAGUUACUGAGUUGGUCAAAUUGCGGAAUAAGGAAAGAAAUGAACGACUUGGAGCAUUCUCACGAAAGAAAGGAAAAGGAAAAAGUGGGCCAAAUGUAUUAGACGAUUUCAAUCAGGAAGGAGAAAAUGUGGGAGAUUUGAAAAAAGCACUAAAACUUCUGGACGGAGGUGGAAAAGGCGGGCGGAAUGAAAGUAAGUAUCGAGAAAUUUCAUGGAAAUUGGAAGAACGUGGAUCAAUGGGAGAAACAAUUAUUGGAUGUUGUCUUCUUCAUGCAUCGGAUAUUCAUAAUGCUCUUGUCUUGAAGAUUCUUGAUUAUUAUCCAAAAUUGUUGAAUGAUAUUCACAUUUCCGAAGAUUUUUACGGAUUAUCACCUCUUCAUCAAGCAAUUAUUAAUACGGAUUGUAAACUCGUUUACAAGUUUUUGAAAUUGGGAGCCGAUGUUAAUUCAAGAUGUUAUGGAGCAUUUUUCUGUGCUGAUGAUCAAAAAGCAUCAAGAACUGAUUCAUUAGAACAUGAAUAUGUUGAACUUUCAUUGAAAACUAAUUAUACAGGAAACAUGUAUCUUGGAGAAUAUCCAUUGUCAUUUGCUGCCUGUUUGAAUCAACCUGAAUCAUUUCGCCUUCUUCUUGCUUUCAAGGCAAAUCCAAAUGCUCAAGAUACAAAUGGAAACUCUGUUCUCCAUAUGUGUGUCAUUCAUGAAAAUAUGGCAAUGUUCAAGCUAGCAUUAGAAUGUGGAGCAAGUCUUCGUACUGUUAACAAACAAAGUCUUUCUCCGUUAACACUUGCGGCGAAAUUGGCAAAAAAGGAAAUGUUCGACGAGAUAUUAGAAUUGGAAGGAGACAGUGUAUGGGCUUAUGGUGAUGCUUCAUCAACAGCUUACCCACUGGCAAAGAUCGAUACAAUCAAUGAAACAACUGGAGAAUUGAAUGAAGCUUCUGCACUUUCACUUGUGGUUUAUGGGCAAACUGUUGAGCAUCUUGAACUUUUGGAUGGCCUAUUGGAUACAUUGCUGGAAGCGAAAUGGGAAGCAUUUGCCAAAAGAAAUAUGAUUGUGUCAUUCACUGCCUUCACAUUGUACUACAUAUGUUUUGUAACUGCAUUCACAUUGAGGCCAAUUGGAUUUUCAACGGAAAUGUUAACUGAAGGAUGGAUCAAUCGAUAUUCGGAACCAUUUCCGGGAAGAUACGGAAAAAACUCAACUCUUCAACAAGUUAAACCAGUGAUUAAUGCAACAUCGCGUGGAUUGGUUGAAUGGUCGGAACCUUUGAGCCAAUGUCAUCUUCGUAACUACUGGGAUCCAGAUAUUCCAUUUGCCAAUUCAUACAUCCGUCUUGUUUUUGAAUUAUUUGUUGUAAUUGGAAUUUGUGUUCAAGUGUUUCUUGAUUUCCGUGAUAUUAAGAGAAUUGGAAGAAAAAAGUGGUGGAAUGUGUUGACUGCUUUCCCUGCUAAAAUCACGUUCAAAUUAACAUAUUUUCUGGUUCUCGCAAUGAUUCCAACUCGUCUGGCAUGUGAUUUAAGUCCGGUACUUUUGGUUGUUGACAACGUUCUCAUCACAGUUACCAUGAUCUUUACAACUGUACACUAUCUCUAUUAUUGUCGUGUUAUUCGAUUUGUGGGACCAUUCGUUUUGAUGGUUUAUACAAUUAUUGCCACUGACAUUUUCCGGUUUAUGCUCAUUUACGGAAUAUUCUUGAUGGGAUUUUCCCAAUCUUUUUCAUUGAUUUUUUUGUCUUGUGAACGGGAAGCCAAUGUUAUCAAAAAACUGAUCACUGAUCAAUCAGAAGCAUCGGAAGGUUCGGACAAUAAAUUUAAUUUAACAAGACAAAUCAGUGCAUAUGACACCGCGAUUGUGAAAAACGCAGAAGUCUUUGAGAAUGUAAUGCAAUCACCCAUUGAAGCUUUCGUUCGUACAUUUAUUCUAACAAUUGGAGAGUUUACAGUACUUUACCGUAACCUUGCUCUUUGUCCCGCCAAUACGAUGGUUUGGAUUGGAAAAGUUGUAUUCAUUCUUUUCGAAUUGUUCGUAAGUAUUAUGCAGUUUAAUAUGCUUAUUGCCAUGAUGACACGUACAUAUGAAACAAUCUUCCAGACACAACUGGAGUAUAAACGACAGAGAGCUCAAGUAAUUUUGAUGUUAGAGCUUUCUUUGAGUCCAAAAGAACGUCACCAAUAUCUUCUGAAAUACUCAAGACCAACUGGAACAAACAAGAAAACAAGAAGUUUGGUUGUCAGCAAGAAAUCAGCGUUUUCCCGCGACUCCAAAAAGGGACAGAAAGUACUGGAAGAAAAGAUGAAAAAGAUGAUCGAAGAGAAAAAAGCAGUGUUGAAACGGAAAAUGAAGGAUAUGGAAAUCAAGGAAGGAAUCCGUCCCGUCACUGGAUACAGUCGUACACCUCGUCCACAUACUCAAUAUAUGAAUCGAGGGGCUGGUGGAGGUGCCAAUGGUGUUCAGAAUGGAAAUGGUGCUGCUCACUGAAUUUAACCAUUUUUCUCUUUUUUGUUUCCUUCCAUCUUUAAUUUUAUUCAUAACAAUUGUGAUGACUUCUCAGAAUCCCUGUGAUAAAUGGUAUUUGAACAAUAUUUGUGAUAGAAA